AAAUCCAGGAAGUGAUGCACCGGGAGGAAAGACUACGGUUAUAGAGGUCCGCAGAUAAUGGCCAAAUAUACCCGACCGGAACAGCUGUCAGGAAAAUCUAAAAUAUAAUUGCUGACAUUAUACGAGCGGCAUUUAUUCUCGUAUUCAUCGGAGGUUCGGUUGUCGACGGGCUGGAUCCUUUGAUUUAAAGAGGCUCGUGUGAAUCGAGGAGUCGUCCUGGGCGUGUUUCUGUAAGGUUAUGCGUGGACAACAGUGCCACAACACACACACAAGUUUGGACCGGUGAUUUUGAUGUGCAUGGCCGUUGGUGUGAAAGCACCAUGAGUGGCGAGCCUGAUGUCUUGGCUGUGGUGAAUCAACUGAGGGAUUUAGCUGCUGACCCCCUCAACAGACGAGUUAUUGUUGAAGAUCAAGGCUGCUUGCCAGGCCUCAUUCUGUUCCUCGACCACCCCAAUCCGCAAGUCGUCUACUCGGCGCUGUUGGCGGUGCGUUACCUGGCAGAAUGCCGUGCCAACAGGGAGAAGAUGAAGGGCGAACUGGGGAUGAUGCUGAGCUUGCAGAACGUCAUGCAGAAGAGCACGUCGCCAGGCGAGACCAAGCUUCUGGCUUCUGAGAUCUAUGAGAUCCUGCAAAACUCCAGCAGCGGCGAGGCCGAAGAGGCGGGAGCGGGCGCCUCGUGCCGGAAAAAAGCUCAGUUCUUCCUGGGCGGAACGAACAAACGAGCCAAAACGGUGGUGCUUCAAAUCGACGGGCUUGAUGAUUCGACUCGCAGAAGUCUCUGUGAAGAGGCCUUGCUAAAGAUCAAAGGUGUCAUUAGCUUUACCUUCCAGAUGGCAGUGAAGAGAUGUGUAGUGAGGAUCCGCUCUGAUCUGACGGCAGAAGCCUUGGGAACUGCUAUAGCUUCAACCAAAGUUAUGCAGGCACAGCAGGUGGUGAAAAGAGAGGAUGGAUCGGAGAUUGUAAUACCAUUCCAGGAAGACUCUGAUGUGCCUGUAGAGCUUAACAUGAGUUUGCCAGAUUACCUGCCGGAGGAGGAGAGUCCCUCUGAGGAGCAGCACAAGGCCGUGACUCGACUGGGCUCCACUCAAGAUGGCGUGAGCUGGAUGAGCACGGCCGCCAACUUCCUGUCCCGCUCAUUUUACUGGUGACCUUGACCACCCCUGCAUGCCACGCCCCCUUACUGCCCGCCCUCGAAGCGCAAGACUGCAAAACGCACUUUGCUAUAAACUUAUACCGUGUUUCAACCUAAAAUUACCACAACAGCGGUACGCGAUUCAGACAGUUUCGGCGCUGAACACGCACCAUGUGAGACCCAGAGAGCUGUCGGGAGAAGUUCAUAGAAAGCGUUUCAUUCUAUUUGCUCUCUCUUACUCACUUUUUACGUUUGGUCGGUGAGCGAAGGAACCUCCAAUCCUUGGGAGCUUUGUCAAGUAGCCGGACCUUUAAUGAUUGUGUGUCGUAUCUUAAGGUUUUGUACGGAUUUGGGUGCUUUCAGAUGUGUCGGUCUAACCCUUCAACUUGGCUUUCUUGUACAUUUUAAAAAUCGUUAUUCUGUUUUCUUUGUUCUAAGUUUUCUUAUACUUUAUCCUUCAGCUCCUUUUUUAAAGCAUGCUGUUUUUUCAAUACCUUUUUUCAGUCAUCUUUGAAUCUCUGUCCUUCUGUGUGUGUGUGUGCCUUUAUUACAAGCUUGGUGUGAUUCAUUUCGUUUUAAAUCCUCUAUUUGCUUUCGCUAAACGUCUGAAGACGUCUUCGUUCUUAGGUUUUAGGUUUAAUGUGUAGCAACGGUUUAUUGGUCCUCUUUAGUUUAACACCCAGCCAGUGUUUGCUUUGCUUUAAUUCUUUAACGGUUAUGCCGGCAGAAAAAGGGAAGUCGCCUCAAAUAGGUGUUACUAUGUGUGUAAUACUAAGCCUCUUUGUUACAGCAUGUGCCAAGCACCGCAGUACCUUCUGUACACAAGAAAAAUAUGUUGUGAACUAGACCUGACCCCUGACCUGAUAUCUGCUGUCUUUUUUGUACCAUUCAUCAUUACAUUGGUUUCAGCAAUGCUAUUCUGAGUGUUUAUAUUUUUCCUUCCUUGUUUUCUUCGGGAUCUUUUAUACGCUUAGUUGAGUGGGGAUCACCUGCUGCCCAAAUGCACAAUCCGGUCAUUCUUGGAUGGGUGUUUCUGUCACCUCUGCAUGACCAGCCAUCACUCUGAAGCUUUUUUCCUCUCUCUCUGGCCAACAGUGUCUUUUGAAGUUAGCUUAGCAACUGACCGCACAUAUAGCUUUCAGGAUGUCCGCUCAGGGAUGUGUGUACGUUCUCUCACAACUGAUGGUGUUACGCAUGAUAUCCGGGUGGAAAAUUGUGGUGUUCAGUAUAGGGUGUUUUCUUUAAAGACGGCCUGUACACAUCAUUAUCAAAAUAUUUGGUUCUUUUAACACUUCAGACUAAAAUCAGUGUAUGUCCGGUUGGUACAUUCAAUAAGACAGUUCGCCUAAAAAUGAAAAUUCUGUCAUGAUUUAUCACACCUGUAUACUUUUCUUUGUUGUGCUGAAAACAACAUGUCUAUAUAUAUUUCUAUGAAUAAGGUAAUUCAUGUUGACAAACAUUUUUGUUUGAACUAAUAUUAUUUAAAUGUCAGACCAGUUUUUACUUACUGGAUACCUUCAUCAGGUUGAUGUAAAGCAUCACUGUCUGGCCUUUUGUAGGCUCAUUCUGCUACAAUAAUUUUGUAUUUUUAAAGAGACUGUUCACCCCCCCCCAAAAAGGUAAUCAACCUUCUUGUUGUGAAAAAACCCAUUUGACUGUCUUUCGAAAAUAUAACACUAAUGGAGAUAUUUUGGAAAUAGUUUGGAAAUAGCGUUGAUGUUGUGCUUUUGGGUGCCACACAACAAAGAAAAAAAAUCAUUUCUGUUUGGUACAAUGUGAGGGAGUGUAAAUAAUAAUUAAAUUAUUUUCAUUUUUAGGUGAACUUUCCAUUUAGUGUGCAAUAUUUCAUUUCUUUUUGUUCACGUUCACUUUUGAGUUAUAUUCUGAGGUGUUUGCUAUAAAGACCGCAUUGGUGUACAGAAUUGAAUCACCAGAUUUGAAGGUUUUAUUUAGAUGAGAGAGGGGGCAUCAGUAUUAUAAUUGUGAACAAAAUCCAAAUUGUAUUAACAUCUGCAUUUUUCUGAAUAUAUUCUUUUCUUGUACUGUACAUCAUCCUUUAAAAUGUGUGACUGUUACCCCACAAAUCACAAGCGGAACUCAUUGUAGAUUUUAGGAGCUUUCUCAUGUGCAGUGCAUAUUAGCUGUUACAUACCAAGAGUUUUAGGACAAACAACUCUUGGCUGUUCACAGUAAUAACAAGACUUAUUAAAUGGAUCAAACUAA